GGUACUGGCACUCACUUCCUGGGAGCUUUGCAGAAGCACCCAUUGCUUCUCGUCACUGAGCCCGUGGUAGAGACGGCCACCCUCGUCCCACCAGCCUCCCCCUGCCCUGGAAGAUGGUGAAGUACGGCCUCGACUACACACGGUGCAGAUGGAUCCUACCCCUGCUCCUGGGCAUAGGCGUCAUCUUUGGUAUCAUUGCACUGGCAGGCAGGGGCUGGCUGGAGUCGCAGACCUUGCCCUACGUGCAGCAAGCGUCGUUAUGGCAGAGCUGCAGGAGGCCAGCACAGGGCGGGGAUUGGACCUGCCAGUCCCUCAUGGGUUACGCUUGGGGAAGAGCAGCUGCUGCCACAUACCUGGUUGGCUUUAUACUUCUAGUCAUCUGUUUUGCUCUGGCCAUCAUAGCAUUUGCUAUUGACACACUUCGGUUCAACUUCAUACGUGGGAUUGGAGGCUUGCUGUUUGUGGCUGCUGUGUUCUCCAUCAUGGGCCUGGUCAUUUAUCCAGUGAAGUUCUCAACUGAAAUUGAUAUGACAGGAAUCAAUAUGUUCAGCUGGGCCUAUGGCUUUGGCUGGACCACUGCUAUUAUGGAAAUAUGCCUGGGAUUCUUCUUCUGCUGCCUUCCUAAUUAUGAAGAUCAGAUCUUGGGUAACGUGAAACCCACAUAUUUUUACUCUUCCCCAUAAGCAUCAGGAAAAAUCCAUUUGUAUUCCAGAGAUAUCUGACAGACCAACUACAUUUUCCAGAAUAUUAUCAUCGGAUGUUAGUAGAAAAGGCUGGAAACUUUUCAAAUGUGUGUAGAAAAUCAACACUAGCAUUCUACAAUAAAGUUAUCUAUUUU